UGUCCAGUCCGCGCCGCGCCCCGCCGCGCCACGCCGCGCCCCUCGCUAGCCAUGGCGCCCAAGGCCGUGUUCGCGGCCCGCAAGGACGACGAGCGCAUCGACCGCUGGAUCUCGUGCAUCAAGUACACGCUGUUCUGCCUCAACAUCGUGGGCUUCCUGUUCGGCGCCGCCAUGUUCGGCAUGUGCAUCUGGAUGCGCAAGGACCCCGGCAUGGAGGACUGGGUGACGCGCCUGGACCUGUGGAGCUUCUACUCGGGCGUGUACGUGCUGCUGACGGGGUCGUUGCUCGUGCUGGUGUGCACGUUCGUGGGCUGCUGCUCGGCGCUCACCGAGAACCAGGCCAUGCUGCGCAUCUUCGCCGCCACGCAGGCCGUGUGCUUCCUGUUCGGCCUGGCCGGCUCGGCCGUGCUGCUGGACUACUCGACGUACAACUCGCACAUCCAGCCCAUCCUGCGCGACGUGUUCCGGAAGCUCAUCAUGAACUCGCAGUACGACGACGUGAGCUACGUGCUGAACCAGGUGCAGGAGUCCGUGUCGUGCUGCGGCGCCGACGGCCCCUCCGACUACCUGUCGCUGCGCAAGCCGCUGCCCACCGAGUGCCGCGACACCGUCACCGGCAACGCCUUCUUCUACGGCUGCGUGGAGGAGCUCACGUGGUUCCUGGAGGAGCGCAGCGCCUGGCUGGCGGGCAUCAGCAUGACGCUGUGCCUCGGCCACGUCGUCAACGUGGUGCUCGCCCUGCUGCUCGUCAAGGCCCUGCGGCAGGAGGAGAGUCGCGGCUGAGGCCGAUGCGCGCCGCCCGCCAUGCCGCUUCCGGCGGCAAAAGUGAAAAUUCGAGUGAUUCCAACUUGAGAAGACAGUGGUGUGGUUUCUAGUGCCGGUUUUCCACGCUAGUGCGUUUCUUUUUCUUUCCGAUCGGCCCGUGCUGGUCGGCCAGUGCGCUGCGCGCCGCGCGGAGCCUCGGCGGCCCAGAGUUGUGAAACUGAUAACGAAGGCGCGUUAUCUCUCGGCCGCACAGGUGAAGUGUUCUGUUCGGCCACGCCGCGCCGCGAGGUGCACUGCAGCACCGCCCAGUGAUUCCAGUGUGGUUCGUUUUCCGGCAGCCAAUUUGUCAGUAUCAAUGUCGAAAAAAUUACCAAAAAAUACCUGAAUUUCGUUAUCUUGAUUAACUCCUCCGAAGCUAUUAUACUCUAGUUUCCCUAGCAUACGCCAUGUCAAGUCCUCUCUUUGUAUCUUCGCAUUAUUUAUAAUGAUUUCUCAGUGGUUGCUGUCCACAAUACAGUCGAAUAGUGCCCCGUAAGUGAAUCGGAGUUACCGUGCCGCGUGCUUCACGGCCCAAGAAUCUGGGUGUGCUCGUCUUAUCUCGAGGGAGGGGAGGGGGAGCUUUCGCCGGGACAGCGGCACGUCGCGGCCACGCCCAAAACUGACACAUAUCAUAACUGCCUUUAUGCAAAUAGACUCCGAAGUGACUGCCGACGGUCGCGGCUCCAAGUUGAAUUAUUAAUCGACCACCCGGACGCCUCCGCUAGGGCCGCGCCGAGCUCCUGCGAGAACAAUAUCGAUUUAUUUCCGAUCACGGCAUUACUAUUCGCCGCGUAUUGUUAAUAUUUAUUCAUAACGCUGCUGUCUUGCUGUUUGAGAAAGACGCGCGAAGCUUCCCCAGUGUUUCAUUCUCUCGUUCUCUCCUGAUUGGACCGGCCUUGUAUUAUUCUCGAAUCUGUUUCGAGAGCACCGCUUCUGUGUCCUUGCCCGAAACGGCUGUUGUGACAGGACGAUCCCACAACCCGAAUGUAAAGCAAACUGUUAAAAACAUAACUGUAAAGUUUUGCUCUUCCCUCUGCGGUGAGCUUCGGGGUAGAGUCUCCUUCUCAGUUCCCAUCCUAUGUGUGUUAAGCCAGUUUUAAGUUAUUUUAGUAGUAGUGUCUCGUGUAUCCCUCCAUUUUGUACAUUUCAUUGUUAUUAAAGGUGCCAUUUUAAAACAA